UGCUGUAGUCAGAAUAGAUCUGUGUUCUGCCAUUAGGAGAAAUAGUUUGCCUGUGCUCACUCUGUACGUAUAUUCAGCUCACUCAACAUUUUUUUUCAUUUAAAUCACAUAGAAAUGAGGAACACUUCAAAAUAAAAAGGCGAUACCGCCUUACUUACAGUGUAUUAUAAGAACAUAGUAGGCACAGUUUUCAUGAUCCAUCGCUAACAGUAGCAUUUUAUGGAGUUUUUACCAGGAAAAGAAUGGGCUUUGAAUGCCAAAUACAAAAAAUAAGAUGCUGGGAUAUAUUAAGCGUUUAACUGUUUGUUUAGGAACCCCAAAACAAAGCGUACUUCACUUUGGGAAUUAAAACGAGACUGGAACACCGGAUGUACAAUAAAUGUAAAGUGAAAUGACACUGUGAGACACUACCUGACGCGAUCAAAGUGGGUGUUACUCUAGACAGCCUGAACUCGGAAUACAAUUCCUGUGAAACUAAUGUGAGAUGUAGAAUGGCAGACCAGAGUGGUACUAAUAAUAGUCAUAAUAAUGCUCAACCGAUUAACCCUAAUAUUCCAGAUUUUGAAGAGUCAUCGCGAAUAAACACUAAUGUGUUUCAUGUGGGGUCAUUUGGGGCUUUGUGGAAAGAAAAACUAUUGCCACGAGAUUUUUCAUUGGACGAUACUGAGAUGGAAGAGGAGGAGGACGAAGAGAAUGUAGUUCAGGAGCUCGGAUGCUCCUCUGCAACAGCUGCCGAGCUAGAAGUUGUUUGCAGUGUUGAUGCAUUGAAAUGCACUGAAGUUGACUGCCCAGAUCCUGAAGUAAUUCCUGAUAAGACUGACUUAGUUACUGUUGGAAUUCGAAGGAAGAUUCUGGACAGGCGGGAAGAUACCAUAAUAGUAGAUCGUAUUUGUCGACAAGAGAUGUUUGCUUAUGAGCUGCAGUCAUAUGCAGUGGGCAAAAAGCCAAAAGAUCCUGAGGAUUACAUUGACGAAGGAGAAUUAAUUUUGACUCUGAAUAUCUUUUAUCCUGUUAUUUUUCAGAAGCACAGGGAGUAUAAGCCAUAUCAGACUUGGCUGGUUUUAGGGAGCCAGAAGUUGACAGAGCUACGUGAUGCCAUUUCUUGUGUUAGUGAUCUUCAGAUCAGUGGCGAAUACAGUAACAAUCCAGACAUGGAACCAGAAAACCUCAGCAAGGAUCUUUACAAGUCAUCUUUCCUGUAUUUUGAGAAUGUGUUCUACAAUGACAUGAGAUUCCCAGAGUGUAGAGAUCUAAGCAGAACAGUGAUUGAGUGGGCACAAGAACGUGACAGAGGCUACAGCGAUUUUAGAUGUGAGAAGAUGGAGGAUUUCACUUUUAAUGAUUUAAACAUUAAAAUUGGAUUUCCUUAUGUGUACUGCCACCAAGGAGACUGUGAGCACAUCAUCAUCAUCACAGAUAUCAGACUCGCACAUCGAGAUGACUGCCUUGAUAAAACUUUGUACCCACUACCAAUCAAAAAGCACUGGCUGUGGACUAGAAGAUGUGCAGUUUGCAAUUUGUAUACUGCAAGGUGGGUGACCAAUAAUGACCAUCUUGCACCAGAGGACCCCUGCUUUUUCUGUGAUGUUUGUUUUCGACUGCUUCACUAUGACACUGAAGGCAACAAAUUAGGAGAGUUCCUCGCUUUUCCUUAUGUAGAUCCUGGGAUAUUUAACUAGCCAGCCAUCUACUAUGAAUGUAGUCCUGAGUUCUUGACUUGCAGAAUAUGGCUUACAUUAAGCAGUAUUUUUUUUUCUUUCCAAAUGGUUUUAUACUUGAAGAUGUGGUUAUUCAGCUUUGCUGUUUAAUAAAUAAAGUGGUUAUUGCAAAUAUG